AUGAAAUAUGUGGCUCAGAAAAGUGACAUGAAUAAGUUAACUAGACAAAACUCGGGGGAUGCUCCCAGUGACGAAACUUGCAUGACAAGUUCGUGGAAAAACAAAACCGGUAGAUCUCUGGGAACUAAAAAUAGAGCGAAUGUAAUACCCAAAGAUUCGGUAGUUGGAGAGGAUACAUCUGUAGAAGAAAAGAAUACAUGUGAUGUUAUAAGCAUUGACUCUGUCUUUCAUGGUUCAGGAGGAAAUGAAGAUUCAGAGUGCAAUCAUACUAUGGAAGUGUCAAUUCAACCAGCAAUUAGAUCUGAUGGAAUCAGUUGCACAAGGCUAAUUUGUUUACCCAAUGAUGCUAUUCUUGGAGCUCAAACUGAAAUGUUCAUGUUUGAUGAUGAACAAGCUUUAUGUGCAAGAUCAUCAUUUAAACCAACAGAAUACGAUAUUUCAAUACGUAAUAGCUCUAAAGAAACCAUUAAUGAAAUUCUAGAGUGUAUAAACGAUAUUGGCAUUACUAUAAACACAGUCAAUUGUAAAGAAAAAUGUAGAAGCGGUAUUUUCUCUAAAAAAACAAGCAUUUAUAAUAUUGAAAAAAUUGACAAUAUAAAUCACAUUUACGAAACAAUAGAUUAUAUACAUAAACUUUGUAAAGCCAGAGAUAAAACCCGAGAAGGGAAUAAAAUCCCUUGCUCAAAAAGCAUGGACGCAAAUGUAGAAAACUGUUUCUCUACACCCUCAGAAACAGAAAAUGAUCAUCUAACUACAAGUGAUCAGAUUGAGAAAACACUAGAGCAACAAGUGGAAGAUAGUAACAUGAUUAUAAAUGGGUAUUACGAAUGUCAAAAUUUACUUCCCGUUUCAGAUAGAAGCAGCGAUUCCGUGCACACUUUGGAUGGACCAUCUAGGUUAGAGAGCAAGAAACUACCUAGUGAAGAUUACAUGCAUAGUGACGAAGUAUUACUUGAAAAUAGUACCAAAGAUGAAAAUAGUUAUCGUAAGGAGUGUAAAAGCACGCUCUGUAAAGAUAAUGAGUUACAGGAGAAAUCUUGCAAAGAUGACGCAAAAGUUGAAGAUAGAGUCGAUUUUAGGAAACCUCAUAAUGGAAGAGUUUUGUUUUAUGGAUUUCACCACUGGAACGAAAAACAUCCCGGUUUAAUGGGAUACAACAUGAUGAUGAACAAGGAACUUUCUCCAGAAUUCUUUGGGUUUGCCGACGAAGACUCGUUCAACAAUGCACUCAAUGCCAAAAAUGAGGUAAUCGUGAAACCACCAAUAACCAUUGGAAGGUCCAUAAGUUUCAAAUGCAACAUGAGAAACUCCCUUGUACCCAGAGAAAAGCUUAUAUCGGACGCUGUAUUACAGAUUGAUUGGGGUCAAUACCAAACUCGACGCAAAAAAAGGUCAAUAUGGACUAUCUGUUGUCAAGUAUAG